AUGUUUGGAAGGUCGCUUAGGACGACAUUAGAUCAGUGGAAAUUAUCAACGAGAGAAAGGACGGAAAACGCUCUAUGGAAACAAAAGUACUACAAAGAUAGAAGUGUUGAACCUAGGGAGUUUGAAGAGCAGCAAAAAGUUUGGAUAGCAAACGAAAGGACAGCAGGGUGGCAUGAAGGAAAAGUGUUACAACGAAAAAGAGCAAUAUUGUACGAUGUGGAAUCAGAGGGGAUCGUUAAAAACAAGCAUGCAGAUCAAUUGAGGGAUGCACAUACACAAGAGAAGGAAAUACCCGUUACGUUGACCGAAGAAGUGGAAAAGGCAGAACAUGAGAAUACAACUCUUGAAAAAGAGUUUCGAAACCCCCACUACGUUAUCACGAUGAAUUCAAUUUAUAGUGGGGAGAACUGUAAUAUAAAUGUAAUUGUAAAUUGA